GCCCAGUCGCAGCGCUGGACGGUGACGUUUGCAAAUCUGAUGAUUGUGCUUUGUUGCUAUUAGGUGGGAGCGUCACACUCUUAAACAGCAAAAUAUUACGUCAAUUUAGAUGAAUUGUCGAUGUUGGGAUGUUAAAAGGAGAAGCAGGGAGUUGUGUUUCGGAUUUACGCGUACUGGCUUUAAACAUGCUUUCUGAAGGCCUGUUUUGAGAAGAAAUCCCCGGACUGAACUGCGACUCCAGGCCAGUGUGAGAGGACAUGCCACGGGAGAGAAAGCUGCUUACACUUCUGUUUUCUUCGCCUGUUUUACCUGUACGUCAAACGGCAAGUGCCUGAAAUAAACCCAAAGACUUUUAUAAAGUAUGGGACUGUCAAGCUAACAUGGAAAAUGUGUUUAUAAAGACCGAGCGGGUGAGGUUUGUGGAGUAUUAGCAGGCGGUAGUUGCUGCUGAUAAGCAGGCUGUGGAAUAGUUCAGGUGACCCUGAAAGUUAUUAUUUAUUUCUUAGAUGCUAGGAAACACAACAACUUGCCCGUACUAAUGUCUUGUCAGUAACAUCAGAAAGACAGCGACGUAUUAAACGCAAAACGACAAGUUAUCUAAAGCAACAGUAUUUAAAGUUAUUACAUACUCAUUACAGUAUUGAGUAUGUAAGACCUAAUUGAAUGUGUAUUGUGUUUGAUAAAUCUUAGGCAGUUUACUAUACAAAAGUAUUACUUGGAGCUUCAAGUCUAGUUACAUCCUCAAAAGUGUUGAAAUCACCUGUAAGGUUGUGCAACUCGGUCUCUAUAAUCUUGAACAGAGAUACCACACUGUUUUGCUGAAUUGGCUCAUCAUGUCAUAGAGACUAUUGAACAGCUCAUUCAACUGUUGCUUAUUGAUGUCUGGGUUUGACCUCACCGUUGUGUCCCAGCGGCCCUGACACCGAUUUCUAAGGCUUGCCACUACCAGAGCAUUUACAACUGAGGAGUACCCAAAUCCAUCACAAUGAACCGAUACCUGCCCGUGGCACGGCAGCACUUUCUGAGAGCUCUGGCCAGCACCAGCGUGGUGGUGAAGUCCAUCUGUGCCACAGUGAUUCUGCUGUACCUGCUCUCCUGGGCUGUUAACACCUCGUACCUGCUCGGUGUCACACCUGGCUACCUUUUCCCACCAAAUUUCUGGAUUUGGACACUGCUGACCUAUGCAGUGGUGGAGCAGAACAUUCUUGGCAUGGCGGUGAACGUUGCUACCGUGAUGGUUGCCGGGCGUCUGUUGGAGCCGCUGUGGGGAGCCCUGGAGCUGCUUAUCUUCUUCGCCGUGGUAAACGUAGCAGCCGGUCUCCUUUCCGGACUCUCUUACCUUCUCACCUAUGCUGCAACCUUUGACCUGGACUACCUGUUUGCUGUGCGGGUCUAUGGUGCACCUUCUUUUCUCGGAGGUGUUCUCGUAGCGCUGAAGCAGACUACAGGUGAUACAACAGUGCUCAGAGUUCCACAGGUACGCUUAAAAGCUGCACCAGCGCUAGCUCUGCUGGCAAUAGCCGUCCUGAGACUAGCGGGACUGCUGGACACUUCAGCACCUCUUGCGGCGUGCGGGUACGGCGCUCUGUCUGGGUGGGUUUACCUGCGCUUCUACCAGAGGCAUCCAAGGGGGCGUGGAGACAUGUCAGAUCACUUCGCCUUCGCCUCUUUCUUCCCUGAAGCCCUGCAACCAGCCGUAGGGUUUGUAGCUGGGCUCGUGCAUGCUAUUUUGGUGAAGAUGAAAGUUUGCCGUAAGAUGGUGAAGCGUUAUGAUGUUGGGGCUCCAUCCUCCAUUACCAUUAGCCUGCCAGGCACAGACCCACAAGACGCAGAGAGGAGAAGGCAGUUGGCAUUGAAAGCGCUCAAUGAGCGUCUGAAGCGUGUGGAAGACCAGUCGGCUUGGCCAAGCAUGGAGGACGAAGAGGACGAUGAAGAUGAUGAGGUGCGGACAGACACUCCGCUCCUUUCAACCCGCGACACUUCACCACCAGCACCCAGCAACGCUCAAAAUACCACGGGACAACAGGAGUCCAGCAUUAUAAGUUUUGAAGAUGCCCCGACUCGUUCAUAACAAAUACACAUGCAAUUCACCUUUUGUCCAACAGAGUAAAGUUUACUUUUACAAUCACAAAUGCUACUGGAGACACACUUCCUGGUAAUGUUUUACAUACACAAACAUAAGUAGCCACUAAGAGAACACAGUAAAAAGAACUUCAGCCCAAAAAUGCAAACUAAACAUUUUACAAAGACAUCCACAGCUGUACAAAAACCUCGGACUAGCCUGAUAAUACCUGCAGGAUACUUUUGCUUUGUAAACAAAAUCUUUCCCCAUGGCCUCUUGUGUAAAGGUUCUGGGAUAUGUGUUUUCUGAAUAAAUGAUUGAUGAGAUUAAAAACUGUUUAUACAUUUAUGUAAGACUCAACUAAAUGUUUUUGGGUAACUGUUGCCUGCUUUUUUUUAUUUCUUGGUUUGGUAUUUUUUUGCCUUUCAUCAGGAGGAAAGCAAAAGUCUUGAUGUUCGAAGAUGGGAUUAACAAAAUCAAAAGGUGAAGAAUGUUUAUGCAAAUUUGGGGACCUUUCAAAGAAAACUUGAUCAAAGGUUGUGCUCUGAUCAGAAUAUGGCACAGCGAUUCCUCUUUUCAAGAAAGAUACAUUUGUGUGUGGAUGAAUAGAGAGGAGAGUUUAACAGUCCUUUCAAAGAUAUUUUUAUUCAGAAUAGUUUGAAAUGAUAAUAGCAAUACAGAAUCUAAUUCUGUCCCCUAUUGUACUCGUUCUUUCCUCAUCUGUACUUAAAUAACUUGUCUGUAAAAGUGUUGGCUUUAAUAAGAGUAAUUCACUCUAAUUUAUGAGCUUGCAUAAUGGACCUGUUUUUAUAAAACGCGUAUUGUCUAUACAGUGGGGCUUUAGUUGCAUUGAAUGCAGGUUCUGAUAUAAUGCCAGCCUUUUCUUCUGGACAAACUAGAUUUGUUUUUGUGUAGGGUUGGUGAAUUUUCACUAUUGUUUUACUGUUAAUUUGUGUUUUUAGCAAGUGUUAAUCUAUUUCCUAUGGUUCGUACUGUAGGUGUCAGCUUUGAUGUUUUUCUCUCCUUUUCUGUUUCCGGUUUCAGCCUAAUUUUAUGAUCUCUUUUCAUAUGUAAUAAAAACCGAAUGAAGAGAACACCUGUC